AUGGGGUGUUUGGGACUUUUCCACAGAGUUUACAUGAAAGGUAAUGAGCGCGCGCGCAAACGCCCAUAUACGCUUUUGCGCAAGAGCAAAAAAUCUGGAGAGAAAACUCGCCAGCCAAUUGCGCCCAAGGAGGGGCGGCAUUCCGGGCUGCCCAAGGAGGCGCAAAAGCGGACGGGGUCGCAGUCAAACACGCGCCCGCCCAACCUUCGCUCUGUUUCGGGAGGAAACGUGAGAGCUGCCAGCUCCGUUGCCAAGUCUGGAGGGGCGGAGAGAAAGCGGGGCCCGGGAGGGUGGAGAAGCCAGAGCGAGGAGCUCUUGGGCCCGCCCCCCGUCGUUGCAACAGUGAGUACACACACUACGUGA